AACUUUUUUACGUAGAAAACCCGUCCGGGCGUAUUUUAGGGAUAAGGCCGGGUACGUAGUUAACCAUCCUUUAAGUGCUAGAAGAUUUUCUGUCCCUUGCCUGCUGACGAAGAAUCCUAUACCCUUUUAGAGUCCAAUUUAUUACUAUAAUUAUGGUACUAGAAUCGCCUUGGCGAUAUGCUGGCAACACAAUUCUAUCAUCCAGGCAUAUGCGAGCGAGCAAGUGAAUGCUUCAUGGAAGGCCCAGUGUCGGCUUGAGGAGUUGAUUAUAUAGCCCACUGGUGCGUGGACACCUCUUGGAGACCAAACGAACAUGCCAACGUGAAGGUCUAGAGUGUCGAUCACGUGCCUUAAGGAUACGACUGGCCAUCGAACGCAUUCGAACGCACUUGCUUGGCGCGCCUUGGCCAUCGAUCAGGUGUGGAAAACCGACACACCGACUUCGCGGCGGGGUGGUCGCGACUCACGCACUGGAAUUACGGAGCACAUGGUUGUGGACUAACUAGGUGACAGUUAUCACAAUUUCUGCGCCUUAAUUCGAUUAUAGCGAAGGAGAUUUGCGCUCUUCUCGCCGUUCUCCAGUGACGAAACUGGGUCAACACAACUAGUAUAAUGUUUGAUUAAGCAUAGGAUCCCGUCUACGCAUUCCUCCAUGCCACUAAUCCCUUUCCCAUAACUGGACUCCACUUUGCACACGAGGCUUGGUUGGCCCUGGGUUGGUCCUUCAAGGAUGUGACCAUCACCCCGAGCACAGCCUCGUGGAGGCGCAGAUGAUGGCUAGGUGGGUACAGAUUGGACUGGACGGCUCUAGCGUCAAGGUAUCUAGUGCCACCGUCAGUUCAUGAAUGUGACUACUCCCGAGGCACCCCCUCUACCUACAAUUUCUAAUGUAGUUGUCGCUUAUUGCAUGAUUUUAUACACAACUUUAGCAUCCGAAUUUAUGGUAACUUGAUCCAGCGUUCCGAUUUAAGUAGUUUUCAGAUCCAGUCAAGAUGAUUUUAUCGCUUUGACUAGUGCAAGUGGUUUUUGCUGAUGGCAGCUCGCAGGAAUACACGAAAGCCCCUGACAAUUUUAACAGUAGUUUGCUAUUCACUGGUUCGUCAGGACGGAAGAACCUGCACCACCGCCUCCCCCACCAAAACCGAUCGACUACGGUCCGGAGCAGGGCUUCCUUAUGUUGACAGAACCUGAUGUGGGUUGUCUGGAGCUGGAGGACAAAGAGUACGUCUACUCCCUUUGCCCCUUCAAGGACGCUCACCAGCGUUCCCGUAGUGCCGGCUCUUCAUCUCUAUUGGGCAAUUGGAAGGGCUGGGUCGAUCAUCCUGAGGGAUCUGAGGAAUGGGACAUGGAGGCCAAAAUGAAACUCCCCUACAAGGAGAUGCUCUAUGACAACGGACACUCCUGUUGGAAUGGCCCGAACAGGUCGGUCAAGGUGAGUUGUUUUCAUUUGGCCUGUCCACCCAGUCGGCAUGUCUGCAUUAUCCCUCGGACAGGUCAUCUUUUGUCGCGCCCUCAUUAUAUUCGUAGCAAUGCUGGUUGACUAUCAUUGUAGUUGCGGUGGGAUUUAUUUCCGCCGAAUUUCACAAUGACCUCCUUUUCCGUUAUGCAGGUUCGGGUGGAGUGCGGUCCCGAGAACAAACUUCUCUCGGCCGACGAGCCAUCAAGGUGCUCCUAUCGUUUUCGUUUGCAGACCCCUGCCGCCUGUCAUCACCAUCCUGACACGCUACUUGCUCAUAUGCACACUGAAUUGUAA